ACCGUCCAUUCUGCUUUGCAUCUAUCUCAUUCUCAUCAAUCUUCUAUCCUCUUUUGCCGCUUCCUUCUGAUUCCACAACCGACCUUCAAAUUCCGGCCACCGGAGUUCUCUCUCGGUUUUCCGACCGGCCAGCCAAUCUGCAAUUCCGAUUUUGCUUAGAUCUCUCACGAAUCCCCUUUCUGCACCUUCCUAGGGUUUACUAGACACCAUGACUCUUUCGGACGACGAGGACGAGAAUCUGGCUCAAUUUCUGGAAUCAGAAGUCCUCUCGGAGGUAUCUGACAAGGAAGAGGAAAAUGUGGAGGAACCGAAAGCAAAGAGAGCGCGCUUAGAAGAGGAUGAGAUUACUAAGCAAAAACAAAGUUCUGAUUCAUUAUCUGCGCCGAAGAACAUUGUUGUCAACAACGGGGUGGUGCCCAGAAGGAUUGAGACUGGUUAUUUCAGUCAAAUUCCACCGGAGCUUUUCCAUCACAUCCUUAAAUUUCUGUCCUCCGAGGACCUUGUUUCUUGUUCCUUAGUUUGUAGGUUCUUGAAUUAUGCUGCUUCAGAUGAGGCAUUAUGGCGUCGCUUGUACUGUAUGCGAUGGGGCAUGCUUCCCCCUACAAGGAAGUUAAGGGAAUGCCCGUGGAAAAUGUUAUACAUUCAGCGUGAUGGAGAGGACAUGGUUGAACUUGUUAGAAGCUGCCAAAAUGAGUUUAAGGAGUACUACAUUCAAAUGCAAGCAGCUAAGCGAAGUCAAGCACCUCAUCCUUCACAGUUGAAGGACGAUAGGAUAAUUCUUGACAAAACAUUAGCUGAUCAAGUGUCAUCAUGGAAAAGCAGCAGGGGCCUCAGUGAUACAGUGGUGACUGAUCAUGCUUGUUCUGGGGAAACGUGCUCUUACUACCAUAUUGGAGAUGUAUUUAUUUGUGAGAAGACUGGACAAGUUCAUGUUUGUGACGAUACAUGUAGAGAAGUAGUUAUGGAUCCCACAAACGAGCUUUUGGUCUGUACAAUAUCGGGGCACUGUUUUGAUAGAUUAUUGUCACCUUCGGAAAUGGAGCCUGAUACUGAGCAGCAGCAAGGUGGUGUGACUGAUGAGGCCGAGCCAUUUAUGGGAUCUGGCCGUUUUGCACGAGCUUAUUCACUGGGAUACAAUUGUGCUGAUGAAAAGGAGCUUGAAGCUACAUUGAGGUUUUGCUGAUCCCCACUUUGAGCUUUCAGCAGUGUGGAUGAUCCUAUGUCUCAUCAUUUACCUAUCUAGUAUUUAACAUUAAAUAUUUUACAAUUUCUCAUGGCUGAAGAAUAUUUGCUUAGUCUCAGAUUGUAAAACUCUGCUUUUGUGUUGUCUUUUAUAUUAAUAGUGUAUCAUGUAUGCUUUAAUGUAUAGUUGAAUUUCAGUAGGCAAUAGUUAAUUUUCUCGAUACUGCUAUUGUUGA